GACUCUCUUCUCUCUCUCUCUCUAGAUUUUAAUAAGUUCUCGUCAUAACAUACCAACGUACACAAAAAACCAAUCCAGAAAGCUUGAUUGCCAACCAACGAAGCGGAGAAGCGAGAGAUAGAGAUUAAUAGUUGUAAUUCAAGAAAGAGAGGAGAGGAGGAAGAAAAACAAAGUGUAGAAGAGAAAGAGGAGUGAGAUGGGGGUGGAUUACUACAAGAUAUUGGGGGUAGACAGGAACGCUAAAGAGGAGGAUUUGAAGAAGGCUUACAGGAAACUUGCUAUGAAGUGGCACCCUGAUAAGAACCCUAAUAACAAGAAAGAAGCCGAGGCCAAAUUCAAGCAAAUCUCUGAAGCCUACGAUGUCCUUAGCGAUCCUCAGAAAAAGGCCGUGUAUGAUCAGUACGGUGAAGAGGGACUAAAGGGAGUGCCACCUCCUGAUGCCGGAGGCCCAGGAGGACCCGGCGGAGCCACCUACUUCUCGACUGGCGACGGGCCAACAACCUUCAGAUUCACACCCAGAAAUGCCGAUGACAUCUUCGCAGAGAUUUUUGGAGGUUCGAGCCCGUUUGGGGGAAUGGGUGGUGGCAUGAGAGGCGGUGGCUCUAGAUUUGGGAGCCUAUUUGGUGAUGAUAUGUUUACGUCUUUUGGUCAUGGAGUUGGUGGUGGACCCAUGCACCAAUCUGCUGGUCCUAGAAAAGCUCCUCCAAUUGAGCAGAGACUGCCUUGUUCUCUUGAAGAACUGUACAAGGGGACUACCAAGAAGAUGAAGAUCUCAAGAGAAAUUGCUGAUGCCAGUGGCAAGACAAUGCCCGUAGAGGAGAUCCUAACAAUUGACAUCAAGCCGGGUUGGAAGAAAGGCACCAAAAUCACGUUCCCCGAAAAAGGGAACGAGCAGCCAGGUGUCAUACCCUCGGAUCUCAUCUUCAUCAUCGACGAGAAACCUCACAGCGUGUUCACCCGUGAUGGAAACGAUUUGGUUGUCACGGAAAAAAUGCCUUUGUCUGAAGCCUUGACCGGUCACACCGUCCGUCUGAACACCUUAGACGGUAGGACUUUAACAAUACCCAUCAACAAUGUGAUUCAUCCAGAUUACGAGGAGGUUGUCCGAGGGGAAGGAAUGCCGAUUCCUAAAGAUCCAACCAAGAAGGGAAAUUUGAGGAUCAAAUUCAAUGUCAAGUUUCCUACGAGGUUGAAUCCAGAGCAGAAGGCCGGAAUCAAGAAACUGCUGACUUCGUGAGUCCAAAUCAGUUCUCUGUGAAUACACAUAAAAAAACUGUUAUGGGAUUUAGAGGUCUUGUCGUUUGGUGCUGGCGCUUUUGAUAGAUUUGAAGUUAUAGGGACUGCUGCUUGGUAAGGGUAAUAGUGGUCAUUUAUGAUCUUGUAUCGUGAACAAAUGUAGUGUUGAGGCUCAGUUAAAGUGUGUAGAUGCUAAAUUUUUUUCUGGGUUGAAAUAAUGAGUUACUGUGUCUUUCAGUUGAGUUGUCUACUUGUCAGCUUACUAUGCUUUUUUGAAAUUGUGAAAGAAAUUGCGGAUCCUCUUUCAAGUUA